GUCAGAUUUCGAGUCGUGGCUUUGGAUGGAGAACCUUCCCCCCCUUGGACCCAGCAGUUGGGAGACGACCUACCUACCCAACACGAGCAAGGCGGCAAAUCCCGCGAUGGACCACCCGCAGCAACAGCAACAGCAGCAGCAGCAGGCCGUGCACCACCACCAAGCCGCGCAAGCCCACCACCAGCACCAAGCGCACCAGGCCGCGCUCUCCCGCGAGUACGAGCAGGCGCUCAUGCAGGAUGACCCGAGCUCGCUGGACCAAAAGAUGGGCUUCAAGGCGUCGCAGCUCAACAACCUCUUCAUCUGCGAGUGCGGCAAGCAAAUCGUCAACGCCAACGAGUACAACAUUGCGCGCCACAAGGCCAGCAAGCGCCACGCCGAAGCGCUCUCGAACAGCGACUCCGAGUUCUUCAUGUGCGAGUGCGGGAAGCGGCUGCUGCGGUCGCAGAAGGACAACGAGGACAACAUGGCACAGCACCGCGCGAGCCGAAAACACAUCCAGGCCAUGGCCAAGAAGCAAAAGAUGACAGACUUGGGCUUCACCGUGCGCACGGACGACACGAACUGGGCCACGACGCUCCAGUCGCUCCGAACACACGUCGUCAGCCUCGAGCUCAUCCGCGAAGCCGAAGACGAACUCAUGCGCGGUCUCUCGGCGCUCGAGCAAGAGUACCAGCGCACGGCGACGCUGCUGACCACCUUGGAGAAGGCGCAAUCGCGCAUGCAAGUCCGCGCCGAGAAGCUCGCGCUCGAGAAUGCGUCCAUGAAGGCGUCGGUCGUGUCGAUCCUCCAGGCGCGCGAGCAAGAAGUCAAGAUCCUCAAGCACAUUGCCGAGUCGCCGUCAACGUCGGCCACCAAUUGACUCGCGCCCCAAACUGAAUUCGAAAACCCCGUUCUCAUCUAAGGGACGAGUUGCGCGGUAGGAUUUAGUUUGGGCACCAUAUUGUCAUGUAGUAGACAACCCCAUUUUUGUCAACGCGCCGUACGCUCGUCUUUUUCCCUUUGUGUAUCCAAGGACACUUGGUCC